AUGAACAGCUGUGUAUUUCUUGUGCUUUUCCCUUGCAAGCUCUGUAAGGGAGAUCGUAGUGGUGUGUGGGUCUAUGGAGGAGACAAUGUAAUCAUCCCCUGUGAAGGAGGGAGCCUCUCAGAUCUGAGAAUUGAGUGGAUGGACCCCUGUGAUGCCCUUGUUGUGUCCGUAGCCAGUUCCUUGUCUUAUGCAUCAGGACAUGGAGCCAUCCUUGAAACCGAUGGUCACCUUGUCUCCAACAUCCAUUAUCAAGCUUCUAUUGAUUUUCUCGAGAUGGUAUUUCAAGGAAAGGAUGAGGUGCCUGUGAUUGCUGGGCUGGCAUAUCUAUCACCUGGCCUAGUCUCACUUUUCUUUGACAUCUUGGGUGUGAUGGCAGUUGAUGUGACCCCUGCUGACUUUUGCUCUGGAGGUUUUGCUCAGAGAUAUGAUUCUGUUCAGAAAUCCCUGGUGUUGCCCAGCGAGAAAUUCAGGAAAGCAUUAUGGGAGGAGCUGCACAAAUACAAGCUGAGAAAUGCCACAAUGAUUGGGAGGCAUUUCUACAUAAGUGAUAGGCUACCCUUUCAGGAAUUUCUUCCUAUGCUUCGUCAUGGCCCUUCAGUGCAUUCCUUCUUCCAGGAUUCAUCCAUACCUGAUAAAGUUGUUUGUGUGAAUUCACUCAUUGACUGCCCGGUGAUGGUUGAUGGAGAUGCAGAGCAGAAGCCAGUGAUCCAGCACUGUCAUCUCUCUGGCUCCCAGCCAAUCAGCUUGGGUCCUGACACUUUUUUGUACAAUGUGCACCUUAACACAGAUGCAUGUGGGGAAGUGAAAGUGCCAAGUGGAUGGAUGUUGCUGAGUUAUCCCUGCAUUCCUUCUUCUGGGAACAGCAUGAUUCUCAUCACAUUUCCAAUGAACGAGUCCCUUCAGCUCACUUCCACUCAUGAGACAGGUUUGAUGUGGACCUGGGAGGAUGAUAAACAGAAAGUUUUGGAGUUUCUGAAUCAUCUAUGCAAAGGAAACUCCUCCAAGACCAGAGAAAUGAUCCUGAAGAUGCAGAACUGCAUUUCGCAGCUGAAGUUCAUUGUGGAUUCUGAUGCACUUCGUGGAUGUCAGCAGAAUCUAGCAGUGAAGAUCCUCAAGGUGUCUCUCUCACGAUUGCACCAACCGAGAGACAUCCCUUUGCCCAUCUACCUACGAGCUGCUGCUUCUGAGGGCUGGGGGGAGUCCCUGUUGGAUGUCCUUGACAAUGUGACAAAGAAGAGUGAGAGUGAGAGUAAAGCAGCUGCCUUCCUUGCAGCCACAGCCGAACUCAUUGGUUGCAUUGCAGGGAAUUUUGGUGGUUUGCGCAGUGGCCCUGCCUCCAAUCCUGCUUGGAAACAUGCCCUUCUCUCCCUUGAAGAGAGAGGAGUGGGAGCAGGAGUGGAUGCCCUCACAACUGUGAGAAAGGAGUGGUGGAGGAGCCCCAGUUGGUUGCAUCCACACCAGUUGGUUCGCAUCGCUCGCCACUAUGACAUGGCUGCCCAGAUCCUCAUUCGCAAAACCACAGCGAGUGCACGAAAUUUUAUGAGGGUGAAAGAAGGAGGAGAGAUGGUCCCGUAUGACAUCCCCGUCACAGCUGCUUGUCCUGCAAGAGCUGACCUCCAGGGUGGAUGGACUGACACCCCACCCAUCUGCUAUGAACUGGGGGGUUCAGUCAUCAUUCUGAGUAUCACUGUUGAUGGGAAGAAACCCAUUGGAUGCAGGGGGGAACGGAAGAGUGAGCCAGUGAUUCGGGUGAGGACCGGGGAUUCGAAUGAGGCUGUCAUGGUUGCUUCAUGGGCAGACAUGGAGGACUAUGCAAAUCCAGUUGCCAGUGGGGCUCUUGUGAAGGCAGGACUCGUCUCCUCACGAAUCCUUGACCCCAAGCAUGGAGACAGCCUCAAGGAUCAGCUCCUCUCUAGGUAUGGUGGAGGGUUCGAGGUGGAAUUGCAUUCAACAUUACCACAUGGAUCUGGGUUGGGAACAAGUAGCAUCCUUGCAGCUGCCAUGCUGGCUGUCCUCUGGACCCUCAUUGGGACCCAGUUCUCCAAGCGAGACCUGAUUCAUGCUGUGCUGGAGCUGGAGCAGGUGUCGACAACCGGUGGGGGAUGGCAGGAUACAGUCGGUGGUGUCAUGGGAGGACUGAGUCAUGCCCAGUCUUCUCGGGGAACGCAGGUCGAAGUCCUUCGCCGGUUUGUGUCCCCUCCUUCCGGGUUCAUGGAUGUCUUCUUUCGCCAUCUUGUCCUCCUAUACACGGGCAAGGUCCGGCUGGCCAAGAAUCUCCUACAGGUCCACCAGCUGUUCCUCAUUCCUGUAUCUCAUCACCAAAGAAGGGGUUUUGUCAUCUCUAAUUCCUUGCAUUUUCAGACAGUGAUAAGGCAAUGGUAUGCUGGAGAGGAAGAGGUGGUCAACUGCCUGAAAGUGAUGCUCACAGACACUUCCAUUCGGGCCAGGAAGGCCUUUGAACGAGGUGACUUGGAGGAAGUGGGUGCAUGCAUAGACAGAUACUGGGAGCAGAAGAAGGUGAUUGCUCGAGGCUGUGAACCCGAACUCGUGCGUCAGGUCAUGGAUGCAUUCCGACCUCAUGUCUAUGGUCAGACCUUGGUUGGAGCCGGGGGAGGCGGUUACAUGAUCGCCGUCACCAAGAUGCCUGAUGCGAGAGCCACGCUGGAAGACCUCGUCCAGAAGAUCCCCGGAGGAGCAAAGGUGAGAUUCUGCACGGCAGGCUCAGACGAGACCGGACUGGAACUGAAGGUGGGGUCCACCUCCUUGGAACUGGCCGAGUUGUGAGUGGUGAUGCCCUUUCGCCGCUUGUCAGUGUUGAUGACAGAGCACACGUCAUAUUGCUAUAUUCUCACCUGAUCUGUACAACGAUUCAACAUUCUGAUUAUCAUUGCAUGAUAUCCUACCGAUAGUGAAUAAACC